GUUUCCUCCGGAGGAGGGUAAACUCGCUGCCUCGAGCUCCCUGCGAGCAGAGGCCCCGGAAUUCGUGCCGGCUCUUCAGCCGGUGUUUGUGAUGGUUCCACUGGCCAUGUUCGAGGCCAUGCUCAUGCAAGCAGCUUCCUCUGGCAUGCAGCUGAUGAUGAUGCCAAUGAACAUGGACAUGACGCCUACGGAGUUCACGGCCGAUUGGACGACAGCCGAUGAGGCCGGGACAACGGCCUGCUUCCCUGAUGUGGACAAAGCCGAAAAGGAGCAGGAGCCCACUGAGCAGCCAUCUGGCUGCGAAAGUGACGAUGACUGUGAUUCCAUUUUCUGGGAGCCACUUGCCUUCAAGCGUCAGAUGACCAUUUGGGUGACCUGGUUUGCCAUCCCAAAGUCGGGGGUGUCACCGUUUCGCCAUAGAUUGCUUUAA